AGCGCUCCUAUCAGUACAAUUAUGUUUUGUUAUUAUUGCAUCUAGCAUUUCGCUGCAGCAGAAAAAUUACACGCGUGACGUAUACCGUAGUUGAUUGAUGGAGGGCAUUUAAACGGUUCUGAUCUGGUGCCGCGUGACAAAACCGCUCCGUCUCUGCAUAAGUGAACCGCAGUGUGAAGGACCCCGGCGGUCACUAGCUGUGCGCCGUCGCGGACGUACGGCAGUUUCUCGUUUAUUACUUCCGCCCACCGGCGCGUCGCGCUGCGAUGACGCCGCCCCCGCCACCCACGCCGCUGCACGCACACAGCCGGCCCAAAGGACGCGCGUCGGCGCGCGAGUCGCAGCUCUGAGGGCGUCGACGUCAUGGUCAUCAUGUCCUCGUGCGACGGCCGAGCGCACCUCCCGCUGCAGCAGCCGCCGGCCUCGGCGCCCAUGGCGGCGUCUACGGUCGCGUCGUCGUCGCCGCCGCCCACUUCCGCCGCCACAGCCGCCUCCUCUUCGGGAGCGACGCCCAUCCGCGUGGGCUUCUACGACAUCGAACGCACCAUCGGCAAGGGCAACUUCGCCGUCGUCAAACUGGCCAGACAUCGCAUCACCAAGACGGAGGUGGCCAUCAAGAUCAUCGACAAGUCGCAGUUGGACGCGGCGAACCUGCGCAAGGUGUACCGCGAGGUGGACAUCAUGAAGACGCUCGACCACCCGCACAUCAUCAACCUCUACCAGGUGAUGGAGACGAAGAACAUGAUCUACAUCGUAUCGGAGUACGCCAGUCAGGGUGAGAUAUUUGACUACAUCGCGAGGUUCGGCCGGAUGUCGGAGUCGGCAGCGCGGCGCAAGUUCUGGCAGAUCCUGUCCGCCGUGGAGUACUGCCACAACAAGCGGGUGGUACAUCGGGACCUCAAGGCGGAGAAUCUGCUGCUGGACGCGAACAUGAACAUAAAGAUCGCGGACUUCGGCUUCAGCAACUACUUCACCCCGGGCGAGACGCUGAGCACGUGGUGCGGCUCUCCGCCCUACGCCGCUCCAGAGGUGUUCGAGGGCAAGCGCUACGUGGGGCCCGAGAUAGACAUCUGGAGCCUGGGCGUCGUGCUGUAUGUGCUGGUGUGCGGCGCCCUUCCUUUCGACGGAUCGAGCCUGCAGUCGCUCAGGGACCGCGUGCUGUCCGGCAGGUUCCGCAUCCCUUACUUCAUGAGCUCCGACUGCGAGUCGCUGAUCCGCAAGAUGCUGGUGCUGGACCCGUGCCGGCGGUACACGGUGGAGCAGAUCAAGCGCCACCGCUGGAUGAGCGCCGAGGCGCCGCGGCUGCUGCCCAGCGGCGCGGGCGGCACCUCCUCCGAGCCCAACGAGCAGAUCCUGCGACUCAUGCAGAGCCUCGGCAUCGACGGCAACAAGACCCGAGAGUCUCUGCGCAGCGGCAGCUACGACCACCACGCGGCCAUCUACCUGCUGCUGCUGGAGCGCCUGCGCCAGCACCGGUCGUCGCUGCCGCCGCUGGCCGCGCAGCAGCCGGAGCCGGGAGCGCUGCCGCCCGUCACGGCCGCCCCCGCCGCCGCCCCCGCGGCCGCCCCCGAGCGCCGCCGGCCGUCCGGCGUGGCGGAGCAGGCGGUGCGCAAGCUGGCGUCGGCCGCCGCGGCCGCCGGCGUGGGCGUGGGCGUAGACGCCGCGCGCCGCGCCAGCCUCGACCACCGGCACGACAUCCUGCACGACCUCGCCGCCGCCAGGCGCCUCCCGACGCGGCACUUGUCGAGCGUGUCGGCGGACGAGGGGGUGGAGGUGGAGGCGGAGGGCGGCUACGGCAGCGCGUCGUCCUCCAGCUGCAACAAGGGCCUCAGCCAGCACCUCAGCUGCGACUCGGGCUGCUCCGCCGUCUUCGAGGGCUCCGGGCUCGACCUCGCCUCCAGCCUACCCUCCUGCAGCUACAGCCGCGACGGCUCCGCGCUCGAGGUGUGGCUGCCGGCAGCGGCGGCAGGUGUCGCGUGCGGGGGCGUGUCGACUCCGCCCCCGCGGCCCACCGCGUCGCCGACUCCGCCCCCGGGCCUGGUGCCGGCGGCAGCCGCCCUCGCGAUACGCCCCCGUCUGCCGGCGGACCGCGACCGCGCCGCCAGGGAGCGCCUGGGGCUGGCCGCCGCCUCCCAGGGCCAGGGCCAGGGCCAGGGGCUGCAGCACCAGCUGCUCGCCUCACGCCUCCUGCACUCCCGCAGGCUCCUGCUGCAGACCAUGCACGCCAAGCACCAGGAGCCACUCAUCCCGAGGACACCGCGUGCCCACGGUCCGGUGCUGAGGCAGGCGUCGUACAAGAUGGCCGUCCAGCAGGCACCGUUGCUGCCCCCGCUGGAGCCGCCCCCACUGCCGCUGGCCGACGACUGGCGUUCACUGCCCGGCUCGCUAGCUGCUGCCUGCUCACUCGCAGACUCCCAGCCUCCUCCGCUGUCACUGAGUCCUGCACCUGGCUCCUACCUGCCGGGAGGCCUGCCUUGGCAACCACUGGGACCAUCGGUCUGUGACAGUCCCAUCCUUGAACUCACGGAGCACAUGGAAUCUGUCUGAAGGCAGUGGUGCAGAAUGUUCGAAGGCUACAUUUUACUUCAGCCCCCUGUGGGCUUCUGCCAUUACGGGCCCAGUAUUUGAUUGCUUGAGAAUGAUUUAUACUUCGAAACAGAUUAAAUUUUAAGAGUAAGGUGUACCUGUCGGCAGUCCUUGAACCUGAAUAUGAUGCUCAUUUUGCGCUACAUGUUGGCCUGUUAAACUUCAGCUCAAUCAGGAAUCCAAUUUUUUUCUUUGGAAAUGUGGUACACUACUUAUAAUCUACAUCGAGUCACAGGUACUGACAGACCAAAAUUCGGCCCGUAGGCAUGUAACAUAUUUUGGUGUAAUAUAAUUUUAAAAAUUUACAGUUUUGCAAAGGUAUGUGACCUUUUCUUUUGUGUAAAACUGGAACAUAUAAAUUGUGAUCACUACCUUUUUAGUUUUAAAUAAUCCAAAAUACUCCACAGAAAUUUAGAAGAGACAAAAAAUGUUUGUACACAAAUCAUACAGCUACUGGCUAAAAUUUUGUACCAUUCUUGGGAUGUGGGAAAGGUAAUGAGUAAAGGUCUCAAAAUUCUGAGGAUUGAUGGAUGUGACUGAACUGCAAAUAUGUGCUUUUUUUGUCCAAAGACAUGUAGGGUUGUGUUGGAGAUAAACUAGACUUGAUUGAAGAAGUUGAUUACAAUAGGAGAAAGCCAUUUUAUAUGAGAUGGUGUGAAAAAUUUAUAGGGCUUCAUGAUUGCUCAACAUAAUGUAGGAGAUGAAGUGGUACUUGUGAAAUGUGUAACUGCAACUAUUGUAGUGAGCAGAAUUUGAAUACUAGUCAUAUGUGUGUCAUUGUUGGUGUUGUUGUUAGUGAAAGUAGAUGCAAUGGCUCCAGAUUUCUGUGGCACUUGUGCUCCAAGACAAGACUGUUUCACUUUCAUGAUUCAUGUGAAGGGAUGUACUUAAUUUUGUGGUGCAUAUUUCAGUUUAAUGUUUUAAGUAUUCAAAUUGCAAUCAGUUUAUAUUUCAUCAUUUGUAGUUAGUCUCUUUUUAUUCUUCAAAGAGAAAGGAACAUGAAAUGGCAACAAAGCCACACAAAAUGUACGGCCUCCAAAGUUAAUCAACAAUGUGAAUUGCCUAGGUUGAGAGUUCCUAAGUUUUGAUAAUGCCUCUAGAAUUCUAGUCUGUAACAUAACAUUAUUAUGAUAUCUGGAGUGAUGAUUUUUCAUUAUUUUGACUGUAAUUUGUUCAUAUAUACAUGUGUGCUCUGAUGAAACAAGUGUAAAUAAUGCUGCAAAAAUCUGAAGGAAUUGUUGUUUUGUGCUAUGAUAACUGUGCAUGGUUUGUGUUAAAGCGGGACAUUUACAAACUGUAAAUAAAAAAUUCAGUUUCAUCAGUUUGAUCAUCUUCAGGCAACAUGUGUGGAACAUUACAAACAUUUUUCACAAUUGAAGGCAAUGUUGUUGCAUCAAAUUUGUAUGAAGUAAUCCAUACUGUCUUUCCUAGC